ACUCAAAAUAAAUACAAGCAAAGGUUAAAAAAUAAAUAUUAUAUAAAAUUCACUCAUGAAGGCCAAACCUGGUUCUGCGUAACAUUUUUUUCAGUCCUAAGGUGUAAUAAAAUUUUGAUAAUGAAGGUUUAGGACUAGGUUGAUUACUUAGACCAGGAUAAUUGACGAUUUCAAAAUGUUCAUCCAUACUAGCUUUUCGGUAGACUUCAAAUAAGUUUUCCACGCAAUAAAAAUUCUGAACUCAGACUUAUUUGAUGAGAGAUGCAAUUUCAAACCAAGACAUCUCAGUUCACAUACACAGGUUUAGGAAGAUACAUCAAAUUUAGUUAUUAGAGGUUAAAACAUACUUUAGGACGACACUAGUUGGAACAAUUUUAAUAUAUAUAAGUAUUGAGGCGGUAGAUAAAGCUUUAUUCUAACCUAGUUCUGUAAAUCUCCGCUAGAUGGCAACACUUUUUUGAAUUCUCCAUAACUUUUUACCCAGGGGGCCAACUCAUGUCCACUCAAUAGCUAGUCUCUCAACAGUUAACUUCAAAAAAGUGCCAUGGCUAACGAAGAACAACGCUACAGGAUAAAAAUCCUUUACGAAAAACGGCGGUCACUCAGCCAGAUCCACGAUGAAAUGGUAAAUACGUACCAGGCUGCAUGCCCUGAACUCCCUACUAUACAGUAUUGGUAUCACCAGUGCAAAAUUGGUCGACAGGAUAUGAGUAAUAGGACUUUAACUGGAAGGCCGCCAGAAAUUGACUAUGAAAGUCUCGCCCCCCGUAUCUUGGCUGCACUUAAAAAAGAUAAGAAAUCAACUUUGGACGAGCUUUCUGUGAUGUUUGGUGUAUCAAAACCCACCAUUCAUAUAUCCUCCAUGACUACCUAAGGCUCAAUAAGUUAGGUCCAGUCUUUGUCCCACACACUCUCACAUCUGACCAAGAAAAACAAAGAAUGGCAGCUGCUCAACGUGGUUUGGUGUGCUACAACAGAAGCCAUAAGAUGUUUUUCCAAAAACUAUUCACGUGUGACGAGACCUGGUUGUCCGUGUAUCAAGAAGAGACCAGAUCGGAGUCACUAGAAUGGGUGAGUGACCGGUCAGAACUGACUCGAGUCCCAACUAGUGAAAGACGUGACCCAAAAGUGAUGGCGACUGUCUUCUGGGAUUCUGACGGCAUCAUUAAAAUUUUUUGGAUAAAACAAGGUGCCACCAUAAACGGAGAGGUUUACAGACAAUAUUUAGUCGAAGUGAAUUCUUUAAUUCGGAGUUUAAAGUGUGGUAUAGGCUCAACAAAGACUCUUUAUCUUCAAGAUAAUGCCAGACCCCAUAAGGCAGUUGCAACUAUGGACCGCAUAAAGGAAUUAGGAUGGGCUUUGCUUGCCCACCCCCCUAUUCUCCUGAACUGGCUCCCUCCGACUUUUUAAUCUUUAGAAAUUUGAAAAGAUAUGUAAGGGGGCGGAGAUUUUCGUCUCUAGAUGAGCUAAAGGCUGAAGUUGAAGCAUAUUCUGCAAGGCAGCCCCCCAAAUGGUAUGCAGAGGGGAUGGAAGGCCUAAUACCCCGCUACUAACGCUGUAUCAGUGCCUCUGGCAAAUAUUUCGAAUAAAAAUGUUGAUACCGCCACCCUAUCACCAUUAGAAUAAAGCCUUAUCUACCGCCUCAAUAUAAAGGUAAAAGACAAUAGCAUAUCAAUUUCUAAGUUCAAUUGGCCAGGGCUUCCGCAGUUGGUCCAUACGACGACCAAACAAAAAAAUGUCGGCCAUUUUAUGCGGAGUGAGGGAGAAAAUCAUCCUCACAAAUGGCCGACCCAGCAAAAACCAACCAAUUGUGGCCUUUCCCUACCUACUGGAGGUAGGGCAAGGUAGUGUUAACCGAAACUGGUUAAAAACCAGCUUUGCCUUCCAAUCGUAAAAUUUCAUCUUGACAAUUCAUACCAAACUUUUUCCGAUCAGGUUACUUACUUAUACAAUAAAUUUUCAACGAUAUUUUAUUGAUAUUUGAUUCAAUUUGAUUUACAGUGAUCAGCAUUCAUGAUGUCGGAGCAGGUAAGCCAUAGAAAAAUCUAAAACUAAAAUCUUAACUAAAUAAUGUUUUUCAGAAUUUAGAUGUUAAGGCUUCAUGUCAAGAAGCAGAACUAUCCGUCUCCUCUCAAAGGGUAAGUGCACUUCUUUCUAUGUCUAAUUCAUUAUUAAUAAUUGCUGUUUUAAUCUUUCAUCUCCAGAUUAUGCGAAUUCAUGCAGAUCUAUCAGAAGAAGAUUAUGUCUCCUCUCAGAAGGUAAUGCCAAUUGAUGCAGAUCUAUCAGAAGAAGAUUAUGUCUCCUCUCAAUGGCUCAUUCAGGAGCCAACUGAUGAAGACGUAUCAGAAGAAAAAGGUGAAACUGGCUCGGCUCAGAAAGUGCAGUCAGUGGAAGCCGUUUUGUGCAGUUUGGGUGAGCCAUCGGAAGCGAAAGUGCUGUCUCAGUGCCAAUGUAGCAUGAUGGUUCAAAAACAGAUUCAGAUAAUGGAAUUAUCGAUUCAAGAAUUACAGAAUUCAAUAAAGGAUAUUCAAGCACAACUAGCUCCACAAUUCGCUACUGAGCAGUAAAAUUGCUUUUUUAUCAACAUUGAUAAUUAAUAUCAACAUUUGUAAUCAAACAAUAAAGUUUAAUUUGUUUUCAAUGUUUUGUGAUUUAAUUUGUUCAAUUCAUAUCCAAUAUGCUUAAUAGCCAGCAACAGGAAAUUCAAAAUGCAAUUCAAUUUUUCAACGAUUGUCUGUUGCUUUUUACUUCUUAGGCAGUCGAUCCUCUAACCAAGGCGUCAGGAUAGAUAUUAAUUGAAGAACCGAACCGCAACCAGAUAGGGAUUAUUUAGAUAAAAGAGAUUUGCGACGCAGCAUUGCUUGUGUCUUUUUCUCUUCCUACGAGUUGCCAAAACAGGUGAAUUAUCAUGAUUGAAUGUUAUUGAAUCAGAAAAAAGAUUCAAUUUCAGUAUAAAACGGUGUUUAGACCGUAAAAGCUUGUAGUCAUUUUUCUUGAUUAUCCGCCUCAGGUUUUUCUCGGGCCUGAGAACAAUCUGAGGUUGCCAGUCAAGUGAAAUGGAAGAAAAAGAAAUUCUGUUUAAUUAAGUUGUAUUCAAUUUUCUCAGUCUUUUUCGCGUUCAAAGUAUUAAUU